AACAACAUGCUAGUUUUGGAAAAUGGACGAGCUAACAUGAAGAUACUGGAUAUGGUUUUGUUAUCUACAGUCUGGGCGUUUUAAUUAGUAUGUUUAUACCAUUUCGAGUUUCCUGUGCAAUGGUUAUCUCGUUUCAUGAAAGACAGAUGCAGACAAAAAGUAUGUCCUGUAAUUCCAAGCCUUAUACAGUAUAUUCAAGUUGCAGAAAUGUAACAUUAAACUACAAAACGUACAACACAUCUGCGGCAGGAUUCCAGCGCACACGAGGUUAGGGGUUCUGCCUUUCAAGGACUAAGUAUUUUGGCAUUCGAUCCAUCUGUGACCCGUCUUUACAAGAGAAGCUCAUUAUUGAUAAGCCUUGGGGGGAUGGGGGGAAUUUAAAGUUUGCACAUACUUCCAAGAGCAGGACCGGAUUAAACUAUGUGAGAGAGCAGAGAUGUCCCUGGACAGAGAGCAAGGGGCAUUUUCAGGGCAAGAGUUGGCAGGACCCUGUGCAUUGGCACUGAAAGGAAGCCAGACAGCAGCUGGGGAAGACAGGCCUGUGGAAAGGAAAGCGCCGGUGUUGGGGACGUCCCGAACCCUCCCUCUGCUCCCCUCCCCUGACGGCUCGACCAGGAGGAAACGAAGACGCCUCCCCUCCUCCCCCGGGGGACUCCUGUGUAACAGAGCAGGAGCACGCCGCUGGGAAUAUGACAGAGCUGAAACACUGCCUUCAGCAGCCCAGCUCAAUGCCAGCACUGACCAUGCUGUGCUCCUCUGGGAGAUCGCAGACAAGGCAGCCCUGAGGAAGAGCCUCUCUGCUGACGAGCGGCUGCUCCAGCAGCAACGUAAAGAACAGCACAAACUGCUCAGCAGGCUGGAGAAGGGCAGGAGCAAGCUGAGGAACAUUCACAGUCUUGGAUCCACAGAUGGAGACGAACCUCAAACAAAGACGGAGAACAGGAUUGCCCGUUUUGCUCAGCGGCUGAAUCAAAAGCAAAGAGGGCAAAGCCAGUGCCAUGCGCUGAAUGAGGACUUUAGGCACUUCAUGCGCACAGGUUCUCCAGGCAUUUCACAGAGCUUAGACAGAAACUUCCAUGUCAAAAUGACCCAGCAACUGCAGAAUCUGCACCUGUCUCACGCCAAGAAGAGCGGCGCGCCGUCCUCCCCCAACGCAGCCAAGCGCCUCUACCGCAACCUCUCAGAGAAGCUGAAGGGCAACCACUCCUCCUUCGAUGAGCCCUAUUCCUUCGGCCGCUCGGAUAGGCUGAGGAAAGUGUCCGUGAACGUGCAGUGCAGCGAGGCUCUGUUCGAGGCGGUGGAGCAACAGGAUCUGGAUGCCGUUCAGCUCCUGCUCUACCAGUACUCAUCCGAGGAGCUCGACCUCAACACCCCCAACAGCGAGGGGCUAACACCGCUGGACAUCGCCAUCAUGACCAACAACGUGCCCAUGGCCAGGGUGCUGCUGAAAGCUGGGGCCAAGGAGAGCCCGCAUUUCGUCAGCCAGGAGAGCAGAAUACUGCACCUCAGCACCCUUGUGCAGGAGGCACAUCAGCGCGUGAGUGAGCUGUCUGCACAAGAGACAAGCGAGGGGCUGAGCCUCGACAGCACGGAGAGAGAGAAGCAGCUGAAAGGCUGGGAGUGGAGGUACCGGCUCUACAAGAGGAUGAAGACAGGCUUCGAACACGCCAGAGCCCCCGAGACGCCGUCCAGCGUCCGUCUCAGUGUAACGAGCAGCACAUCCCUCACUGUCACCUUCCAGGAGCCCCUCAGCGUCAACUCAGCUGUCGUCACCAGAUACAGAGUCGAGUGGAGCUGCUCGAAGGACUUUUCCACAUUGGCUGGACAAAUAAUCAUGGAUAAUCUUCAGUCUUUGAGGUGCACUAUCGCAGGUCUCACAACGGGUCAGGCCUACUUUGUUCAAGUUUCAGCCUACAAUAUGAAGGGGUGGGGGUCGGCACAGGCAUCCACUCCUGAUGUCGCUGUCCCAUCAAACUGGAAGGAGUAUGGUGGCAGGGAGCCACGCCGCCACUCGGGGCAGAUUGAAGCCAUGGAAAGACUCCUGCAGCAGGUUCAAAGCGCACAUCAACGUUACAGCUGUCGAGAGUCAUCCAAAUCGCAGAAUCCGAGUCGCAAGCAGUCUGUCUCCAGAAGCCUGAAGCACCUCUUUCAUUCUUCAAACAAGUUUGUGAAAACUUUAAAAAGGGGGCUCUAUGUGGCAACAGUAUUCUAUCACAAGGACAACAUUCUGGUGACCAAUGAGGAUCAGAUCCCCAUUGUUGAAAUAGACGAUUCCUUCACCAGCUCCAUCAUGCAGGACUUUCUCUGGUUCACAAAGCUGUCGUACAUGUGGGAGGAUGUCCGCUGGCUGCGGCAGAGCAUGUCUGUCUCCAUGUCCUCCUCGUCUGCGCUCCAAGCCCUGCAGAAGAUGCUGGCAGCAGCCGGGCAGUUGCAGAAUCUGCUUGGCACGCAUAACUUGGGACGUGUUUAUUACGAGCCCAUUAAAGACAGACAUGGCAAUGUGCUCCUAGUUACUAUAAGAGAGGUGGAGAGCCUCUACUCCUUCUUCAAUGGCAAGUGGAUGCAGAUAUCCAAGCUGCAGAGCCAGAGGAAAUCCCUCUCUACCCCGGACGAGCCGACGGCUCUUGACGUGCUGCUGAUCACAAUCCAGGAUGUCCUGUCCUAUCAGCGGAGGUGCCAGCAUCGCCUGUCUCCCGGGCUGUACCUGGGCUACCUGAAGCUGUGCAGCUCCGUGGAUCAGAUUAAAGUCCUUGUCCCUCAGAAGCUGCCCAACGUUCUGUGCCACUCCAAAAUCCGAGACAACUGCAACGUGUCCAGAGAUGAGUGGGAAUGGCUCCAGAAGCUGUCUGGCCCUGCUUAUGUGGAAAGUGCAGAUCAGACGCCUGCCUGGCACACUCAAUUGUUCUUCUAUGAGCUCCAGAUGGCUGUGAAAGCGCUGCUCAAACAAAUCAAUCUACCUCUGCACCAGACCAGGUUCUUGCGUCUGUACACACAGGAGGUGCUGGAGCUGGGUCACAAUGUCUCCUUUCUUCUGCUGCUGCCUGCCUCAGACGACGUCUGCAUUGCCCCGGGACAGAGUAACCCUUACACCCCGCUCUCAGGGUUUCUUAACCUCCCUCUUCAAAUGUUUGAACUAGUUCAUUUUUGCACUUACAAAGAGAAAUUCAUCAGCCUGUACUGCCGCCUGUCUGCUGUGCUGGACCUCGACUCGCUCAUUACCCAGCAGUCCCUGCGAGAAGCCAUCUCGGACACUGAAGUUGCAUCGGCUAAGCAGAGGCAUCAGCAAGUUCUAGACAACAUGCAGCAAAUGGAUGAGAUGUGGCGUGAGAUGAGGUGGAUCAUGGACGCGCUGCAGUACGCCCGCUACAAGCAGCCUGUGGGUGGCCUGCCUGUGCUGUGGCUUGUGGAUUCCAUGGUGGAGCACGUGCCCGAGAAGAAUGACUCCACAUCCUCGCACAUGGACUACCUGCCCACGCCCUCCCCCUCGCCGGAGAUGCAUCGCAAGAAGGCUGUGAGUGACUCCCAGCCUUGCUCCGAUGAAGAGGGCUGCUCGGAAGUGUUUCUCCCCACAGACAGCGAUUACGACUCGAGCGACGCUCUGAGCCCGCGAGAGCUGGACCUCGUCUACUCCUCGUCCCAGGACAUCUCCCAGCAGGUGCUUUCGGGGCUGAGCGGGAGCGCGCCAGAUGUGCUGCAGGUGCACGACCUGAAGUCCCCCCUCAGCCCCAGGGAGCAGUGCAACAGGGGGCCCUUUGAAUCAGACACAGACUCCUGCACGAAGACCUUGGGCGGCUUGACUCUAAGAGGCACAGACAAGGCUGCUCCCCGCAUGCCGGGGAACAACCCCCUGAGUAAGAGGAAGCUUCUGUCCAAACACCAGCACCACAGCUACUUCAGCUGCCACCACCGCUGGCUGCGCGUGCACAGCGAGAGCCAGGCCGCCUCGCUGUCAGAGGGGCUGUACACGCAGCAGCGGGAGUGCCCAUCCUUACCGCUCGAGUCUGCCUGCGGGGGAGACAUGAAGACCGUAGCACAGCUACCACGUAGCUCUUUCUUACCUCAUGCCUCCAGCCUCCCGGAAGAAGGGAAAGAGAGAUACAAGGAGUCCAAAUCGAACGUCCGCAGGAUAUUCGUGGAGCCUUGCAAAACGCCAUCGUCCAACGAGGGCUUGAAAGCGUGGACUCUGAAUAUAGGAGAGUCUCCCCCUGCGGUGGGAGACGCGAGUGCUGUAGCUGGAGGCAUGGGACAAGACAUUGACUCUGAUGACCAAACCAAUUCUCAAGUAUCGGAAAUAUUCAGCAGUACACUCUAGGAGUAUAAGUGCUUUUACUUGAUCGAAGAUGCUCUAUCUUUUUCUUUUUUUUAACGCAAUUUGUAUAUGAUAUAAACGUUGUUGGAAUCUGUUUGUAUUUUUGUACGUGUUCUAUAACUGAGCAUGCAAAGCUGUUUUUUUGUUUUGUUAUUUUAUGUAUCGUGCACAAGGCUUACUGGGAUACUGCAUCCUUGAAUGAAAUUGUUAAAAAAGAACUUAACUAAAGUUGCUGGACAACUCUUUAAAGUAAGAAAAAUACACCCAUGGCUCAUGACUGUUCUAAUAAUCAAUGCAACACUGACAAAAGCAAUUUUAACUUGAACAACUGCCUGCAUCCACGGCACAAAGGGCAAGCAACAUAGUACGUUUUAAAAUUCAAUUCAUGGCUAUAAAAAUAUAGUUUAAAAAUAAGUUAAAUUAAAAGAAGAAAUGAAAAGUUACCAUGCUUAUGAAUUGGCACUGUUCAGCCAUAUGUUUAAAUAUAGGAAAAUAGUGGAAUACUGCAUAUCCAGCCAGCUGGAUGGCAUUAAAAUAUAGAUCUUCUUAAACAAGAAUUAUUGUACAAAUUCACAUGUUAUUUGUGUACUGAACUACUAGUAACACAUCUAACAGGCCAUGCAUUUACCAUUGAAAUAGAAGUUCCUAAUGCUCUUUUCAUUGCAUCAAGAGGACUACUGACUGAAUCAGACAGCUGUGCGGGAGAUAAGAGUCAUGUGACUUAGCUUGCCUAUAUUCCGGCUAGACUACGCCACUGGCACUAAUCCUAGACUGCCUUAUCUAAAUUAACAAGAAGCAGCCCAUGAUUAGUGCAAAUCAGAGUCUGUGAAUCCCAUCAUAAGUGGUAAAACAUCAUCUAGUAAUGCACUGAACUUUAAUUUCAUUCUGUCUGUCAAAAAAUACCCUGUGAUUUAAAAGGUAGCGGUAUUUAAAUAUGCCUCCUGUUUAGAUCGCUGACGUACAAUAAAAGGGAAGAACCCCUUAACGUCCUGAUCAGGUAUUCCACAUUCCACUGCGGUUCCAAAAGCAGUCCAUAAAGGUACCACUGAAUUCCAGUAUGUUAGAGGACAUUCUAUUGCAUAUUUAUAUUUUAAAACUUCAUAUUAGGACUACAGAAAAGAAGACAUUUUUUGUCAUAAAAAAAAAAAACAUUGUUUUAAGUGUAAAACAUUUUUUUUAAUAGUAGUCGAUAAAUUAAUUUGACACUGUUUUUCUCCCAGUUUGACAUAUCCAAUUGUAUUUUAAGCUCAGCUCACUGCUCCCACCCCUGCGCUGACUCGGGAGUGGCGAAGACGAACACAUGCUGUCCACCGAGGCGUGUGCCGUCAGUCGACUGCUUCUUUUCACUCUGCACGCCCGCCAUGCAUUCAACCCAAAGCUACAGCGUCGGAGGACAACGCAGCUCUGGGCAGCUUACAGGCCUACAGGGGUCGCUGGUGCGCGGUGAGCAAGGACACAGCCAUGAAUAAGCAUACUGUCAUAGGGUAACACUUUAAAAUAAUGGCUGCAAAUUCACAAUGAAUUCCAACUGAAUCCCACAGGAAUAACACCUGACUAUCUUCUGCACUUCCUCUGAGUUCUGAAGUCAUUCAUUGUGAAUUCAGCCCUGUUACUUCAUGUGAGUUUAAUUACCCGUAUUCAUUCCAUGUUCCUUUGUAACACAUGAUGUUGCUCAUGUGUGUAAGGCGUGUAUUCCUGCCCUGUUACUCUCCCACAAGGGGAUUGUGAGAACUGUUAAUGCUGAUCCCAUGAAUGCCUUGGACGUGUGAGCAACAUCAUGAUCAGCGAGUGACUGAAGUGCAGAAGAUAUUCAGGUGUUAUUCCUGUAGGAUUCAGAUGGAAUUCAUUAUGAAUUUGCAGCCAUUAUUUUUACCUGUCAUGUGGCUGCCCAUACACAUGACAUAACCUUAACUCUUUGCAACAAGUGCUAAAAGUGUGAUUCUACAUGAAAGGGUUGAAACAGCAUCUUUUUAGGCUGUCUUUAUAAUAGCUUUUUGUAUUUCCUGACAAUAACAUAAUUGUUUGCCCAGUACAAGGAAAAUUACUCAAGUUUUUAUUUUUAUUUAUUUAUUUUUUAUAUACAAUCUCAAACUGUUUGAAGUUAAAUAUUUGAAUCUCAGGAAAGUUUAAGUUACUCCAUAAAAAUGUACAUUUAUUCUCUCUCUCUCUCUCUCUCUCUCUCUCUCUCUCUCUCUCUCUCUCUCUCUCUCUCUCUCUCUCUCUCUCUCUCUCUCUCUCUCUCUCUCUCUCUCUCCUUCUGUUCCUCAGCACUUGCAAAGGCAACAUUCUGUGUUCAGUUCAGUGCAGAGUUUUCAGAGCGUUCUGGAAUAUUCAGUUGUAUUCCGGAAAGCCCAGGUCUCAUCUGAUGAUCUGUUUUCAGUGUCCUAUGCCUGUAAAGCUAAGGGAAUACGAAGCCACUUGCUGGGUUGGAACUUCGUUUCAGGACACUAGGUUUCAGGCCACUGCAUGGCACACCAUUGGAGACUUGGAGUUUGAUACAGCAAAGCUACUGUUCCUGAAAAAGUAGCUUUGUGAUCCCUCAGCUUAAGACUUUGAACACAAGGGGGCAGUCAUCCUCUGAUCAUUUUGAAUUGAAUGGUCAUUGGUGUGAGGAAGGUAUUCUCUACCCACUCACACACAUGGAGAAAGAAGUCAGGAGGCAUAAUUGGUAAAUACCAGUCUACUUUUCCUGAAUGCUUCUGAAGCACAUCAGACAAGAUUCACUGAGCUUCGGUGCAAAGUUUAAGAAUAUCCUGUUCAGUUUCCAAAACCGGUAUAAUACCACUCAGAUGGAGCUUGCUAUUUAUUACAAGUUUUUAACCAAUAGCUUUUUAUUCCCCUUAGAAAAAAAGCUGGAGUGGAAUUCUACUAAAUCAGGUUUUGUUCCCGUAAAAAAAAAAAAGUUUACUUUCUUUUUCAAAGUAGAAAAAAAAAUACAAAAUGAUUGUUUCAGAACUAGAAGCUAAACCACUAGGAUACAAGUUGGCACUGAAGUCGCUAAUCUAACAGGCGCAAACGCAAACUGGCGCCCCCACGUACCAUAAGCGAGUGUCUUAAGAGUGUAGAAGAGCUGGACUCGUCUGCAUUCGUGGUUUUAAAGUUUUAAACCUCAUCUCACUGACGGGACAGAAUCCGUAAUGGCAGAGCAUCACACAACACUGCCCGUUACACUAUGAAAGAUAUUUAUCAUCACAACAAGCAUUGCUGAAAGUUUGUGAGUAGAGGCCAAUAAACCAUUUCUUACAUCUGACUUCAUUAUCCAAAGUUAAGCAUACCAAAAAUCUGAAAUAUCAUUUGUUGUUUGAAACACUAUGAAAGUAAAUGUAAAGUAAAUAUAUAUAUAUAUAUAUAUAUAUAUAUAUAUAUAUAUAUAUAUAUAUAUAUAUAUAUAUAUAUAUAUAGAGAAUACGUUUUAAAACUGUCUUUGCAUGUUCUGUUUUCACAAGCUUUUGUUCCGAGUUGCGCUGCUGUUUUCUUUGUAUCAGUUUGGUUUGUGCGUUCACUUGUUGGUUUAUUAAACUGUAAAUUAAACAUUGAAAAGUUUGUCAUUGCUGGGACAAACCAAGUGAGUAUUUUGAUCUCCACACUGGAAACAUUUUGUAACAUAUUACUUAACCAGAUUAUUCUGUUGUAAAACUUUUACUGUACUGUGUUUUUGGUCCAAUAAGAAAAAGCCUUAACUGUGGGCAUGUUUGUGGAUUGCUAUUUUGCUACAAGAAUGUAUGUUAUUAUUGCCAUCUUGGGAAAAAAAGGGCACAUUGCUUGCUUGAGUAAAUUAUAUUCUUCAGAAAUUUGCAGACUGUUUUUAUAGUGUUAUUACAAAGUUUGGUUUGAAGUCAUUUUGAGGUGUAACAGCGCACUAAACAUUCCUAACGCUCAACUGAAAUAUUAAAGGACUUUGACUGUCUGUUUACCU